GGCAUCCAUGUAACAAACAAGAAGUGGACCAAUCAGAGAUCUCGGUGGGCUGUCAUUCUGCUGCCUGUCGGGCCUUUAUAAACUUUGUGUAUCUCGGGAGAAGGAGUUAUUUUCUCCAUCUCGGUCUUCUACAUCUGAGCAUAUACAUAGGAAGCCAUAAUGCUGCCCCUCGCCGUGUUGGCCUUGUGUCUGAGUGCGGUCCUCUCAGCCCCCAGCCUGGACCCACAGCUGGAUGAGCACUGGGAACUGUGGAAGAGCUGGCAUACAAAAAAAUAUCAUGAGAAGGAGGAGGGCUGGAGGAGGAUGGUGUGGGAGAAGAACCUGAAGAAGAUCGAGUUGCACAACCUGGACCACUCCAUGGGCAAACAUUCCUACCGCCUGGGCAUGAACCACUUUGGAGAUAUGACUCACGAGGAAUUCAGGCAGAUCAUGAACGGAUACAAGCGCAGGUCAGAGAGGAAAGUCAAGGGGUCCCUGUUCAUGGAGCCCAACUUCCUGGAGGCCCCACGUGCCCUGGACUGGAGGGAUAAGGGCUACGUCACCCCCGUUAAGGACCAGGGUCAGUGUGGCUCUUGCUGGGCCUUCAGCACCACCGGAGCUAUGGAGGGUCAGCACUUCAGGAAGACGGGCAAACUGGUGUCCCUGAGUGAGCAGAAUCUGGUGGACUGUUCCAGACCUGAGGGCAACGAGGGCUGCAAUGGCGGUCUGAUGGACCAGGCCUUCCAGUACAUCAAGGACAACCAGGGCCUGGACUCCGAGGACUCUUACCCUUACCUGGGAACGGACGACCAGCCGUGUCACUAUGACCCCAAAUACAACUCUGCCAACGACACGGGAUUUGUCGACGUCCCCAGCGGCAAGGAGCGCGCUCUGAUGAAGGCCGUGGCCGCCGUGGGACCUGUUUCAGUCGCCAUUGAUGCUGGCCAUGAGUCUUUCCAGUUUUACCAGUCAGGAAUCUACUAUGAGAAGGAGUGCAGCAGUGAGGAGCUGGACCACGGUGUGCUGGUGGUGGGUUACGGCUUCGAGGGAGAGGAUGUAGACGGCAAGAAAUACUGGAUCGUGAAGAACAGCUGGAGUGAAAAGUGGGGCGACAAAGGCUACAUCUACAUGGCUAAAGACAGGAAGAACCACUGUGGAAUUGCGACAGCGGCCAGUUAUCCUCUGGUCUAGUGUUUGCACGGCUCCACUUUGUUGCACCAUAGUGUUUUUAUUGCAGUAGUUUGGCUGAAGCCGAGAAGCGAGGCUUCGGUCGGAGCGACGCAUCGAGAGGAGAGUCUGUGGUGUCAUAAGAAGAGCAACACUGUUGUUUUUAGGGAAAAGGUGACAUUUUAUCUUGGCUGUUUUUAUGCCACUUUAUGAAAGGAUUUUAGUUUAGCGUUUUAUUCUUUGUAAAUAUGUGUAGGCUGCUUGGUGAGUGGUAUGUAACACUUGCUUUGGUCAUUGUAAAUGAUUUUUUUUUUUUUCUACUUUUACUGUGAUCAAUUAAAGUUGUGAAACACUA